AGUGAACAAGUCAAACAUUACUUGAUUUUAUUUUCUCAUAUGUUUUUUUUAAGUUAUCUUCCUUUACAACUCAGAAAAACAGCACCACCAAAUACAGAGGAUUUUUAAAAGAUGAAAAUCGAGCUGGUGUUCGUUCCUUCUCCGACUAUCAGUCAUCUCAUGGCGACAGUGGAGAUGGCCAAGCAACUAGUUGAUCAAAACGACCACCUCUCUAUCACCGUGGUAAUCAUAUCUUUCAAUUCCAAAAGCACAUCGAUGAUCACCUCGCUCACCACUGCAUCUAACAAGCAAAUCCGCUACGAAAUAAUCUAUGGAGGAGAUCAACAACCAACCGAGCUGAAGGCGACUGAUUCUCACAUCCAAAGUCUAAAACCACAGGUGAGAGACGCCGUUGCGAAACUCGUAGAUCCCACUCGACCAGACUCACCACGUCUAGCUGGAUUCGUCGUUGAUAUGUACUGCACUUCGAUGAUCGAUGUCGCUAACAAAUUCGGUGUCCCGACGUACUUGUUUUACACUUCCAACGCUGGAUUUCUCGGACUCUUGUUUCACAUUCAGUUCAUGUACGACGCAAAUGAUACCUAUGACAUGAGCGAGUUGGAAGACUCAGACGCAGAAUUAGUGGUUCCGAGUUUGACUUGUCCUUAUCCGUUGAAAUGUCUUCCUUACAUUUUCAAAUCAAAAGAGUGGCUCUCCUUUUUUGUAACUCAAGCGAGAAGAUUCAGAGAGACUAAGGGCAUUUUAGUAAAUACGGUUCCUGAGCUGGAACCUCAAGCGUUGAAGUUUCUCUCCAGUGGUGAUACUCCACGUGUUUACCCAGUAGGACCAUUGUUGCAUCUCAAAAACGAAGCUAGGGAUGAUUCCGUGGACAGGAAGCAAUCGGAGAUUUUACAGUGGUUAGACGAGCAACCACCUAGAUCGGUAGUGUUCCUUUGCUUUGGGAGUAUGGGAGGUUUCAGUGAGGACCAAGCAAGAGAAAUCGCUGUAGCUCUCGAACAAAGCGGCCACCGUUUUCUCUGGUCUCUCCGCCGUGCAUCCUUGAAUAUAAUGAAGGAGCCUCCCGGUGAAUUCACUAACCUAGAGGAGAUACUUCCGGAAGGGUUUCUUGAUCGGACGGAGGAGAGAGGAAAGGUGAUUGGUUGGGCACCACAGGUAGCCGUGAUGGAGAAGCCGGCGAUCGGAGGUUUUGUUUCUCACGGCGGAUGGAACUCGACGUUGGAGAGUUUGUGGUUCGGUGUUCCGAUGGCGAUUUGGCCACUUUACGCCGAGCAGAAGUUUAACGCUUUUGAGAUGGUGGAGGAGCUUGGUUUGGCGGUAGAGAUCAAGAAGCAUUGGCCAGGUGAUCUUUUGUUGGGGAGGUCGGAGAUGGAGAUUGUGACUGCGGAGGAGAUUGAGAGAGGGAUCAAGUGUUUGAUGGACCAAGAUAGUGACGUGAGGAAGAGAGUGAAUGAGAUGAGCGAGAAGUUCCACGUAGCUUUAAUGGACGGUGGAUCGUCUGAAACUGGUUUGAAAAGUUUUGUUGAAGACGUAACGGAGAAUAUUACUUGAUCGUCUUAUGAUCUCGAACGUUUUAGAAUAUUUCUUGUAUUAUGGGUUUACUUGCAUGGCUAAAUAAUUGGCCUUUUAUGUCAAGUUUUAUUUUUACUUGAGUGUAUAAUAAGAACAUGAAACGCUUUGUGACUUUG